CAAACUUAUUUUGUUGGCAGGCCUUGUUAUCAUCGCCUCGUCCGAAAAGAAACGUGUCUUCAGCUGCUUGCGUGCGCCACUGCCGCUCCUCGUCGUAUUACUUUUGCAAGUAUUUUCUUAUCUUCUGGCGAGUUUUGAGAUCCGAUCGGAGCUGCAGUGAGGAAUAAGUUGCGAGUGUAGAGAGAGAGAGAGAGAGAGAUCUAGCAGCAGCAGGGAGUGAGGAUGGCAAGUGCUGCGGUGGAAAACGAUAGCUGCUGCGGGAAGGGGCCGGGAUACGCUACUCCGCUUGACGCCAUGGUGAAUGGUCCUAGGGAGACUCUUAUUUAUGUCACUUGUGUUUAUACAGGAACAGGACGCAACAAGGCUGAUUACCUGGCGACGGUGGACAUCGAUCCAAGUUCGGCAACGUAUAGUAGUGUGAUCCACAGGCUUCCCAUGCCUUACCUUGGGGAUGAGCUUCAUCAUUCUGGAUGGAAUUCUUGCAGCUCUUGCCAUUCGGAUCCUUCCGCAGCCAGGCGCUAUCUCGUCCUCCCUUCGCUCGUGUCUGGUCGUAUCUAUGCAAUUGAUACCCAAAAGGACUCCAGGGCUCCCUCUUUGCAUAAAAUCGUGGAGCCGGAGGAUAUAAUACACAAGACAGGAUUGGCAUACCCACACACUGCUCAUUGCCUUGCUACUGGCGAUAUCAUGGUUUCGUGCCUUGGAGACAAAGAUGGAAAUGCAAAGGGUAAUGGAUUUCUAUUGCUGGACUCCAACUUUAAUGUGAAAGGAAGGUGGGAGAAGCCAGGAAACAGUCCCCUUUUUGGAUAUGAUUUCUGGUACCAACCUCGGCAUAAGACCAUGAUCAGCAGCUCUUGGGGAGCCCCUCUUGCUUUCACAAAAGGUUUCAACCUAGAGCAUCUUUCAAAUGGUCUUUACGGGAGGCAUUUGCACGUGUACAGCUGGCCUGAUGGUGAGCUCAAACAGACAUUGGAUCUUGGAGACGCUGGUCUCAUUCCUUUGGAGAUAAGGUUCUUGCACAACCCGGACAGGGACACCGGAUUUGUGGGAUGUGCUUUAUCGAGCACUAUGGUUAGAUUUUUCAAGAAGCCGGAUGGAUCAUGGGACCACGAGGCUGCCAUUUCAGUGAAGCCACUCAAGGUGCAGAAUUGGAUUCUACCCGAAAUGCCAGGACUUAUAACUGAUUUUUUGAUAUCUCUAGAUGACCGUUUCCUCUACUUCUCCAACUGGCUUCACGGCGAUAUCAGACAGUAUAACAUUGAGGAUCCUGCAAACCCCCGGCUUACGGGCCAAUUAUGGAUUGGCGGUUUGGUUAGAAAAGGAAGCAAUGUGGUUGCUGAGGCUGAAGAUGGCACAACCUACCAGGUCGACGUACCAGAAGUUAAGGAACACCAGUUAAGGGGAGGACCUCAGAUGAUACAGCUGAGUCUAGAUGGAAAGCGGCUGUAUGUCACGAACUCCCUCUUCAGCCCAUGGGAUAAUCAGUUCUAUCCUGAAAUGGUAGAGAAAGGCGGACAAAUGCUGCAGAUUGAUGUUGAUACCGACAAAGGUGGCCUUGCCAUCAACCCGAAUUUCAUAGUGGACUUUGGGUCUGAACCAGAUGGCCCCUCGCUGGCGCAUGAGAUGAGGUACCCUGGCGGUGACUGCACAUCCGAUAUCUGGAUUUAAGGGCUCGCGCCGCUCGGGAUUGGCAAUUAUAGAUCCAAUUGGCAAGUACUAUUUCAAAUGUAUGCUUCUUACAGCAUGAUAUAUCAUCAGUUGGAUUGGAUAUUGUUAUAUCAAUGCUAGUCUCUGUGCUGAUGUUACUUGAAUCUAAUCCCAGAAUAAAUUGAAUCUUGUAGUUAAUAAUUGGCAUAAACAAUAAAUAACCUACCGUUUUCUUGCA